AUGCCUAAGCAGGUUCACGACAUCAAGCAGUUCAUUGAGCUGUGCAGGCGCAAGGAUGCUCAGGCUGCCCGUAUAAAGAAGUCCACCAAGGGCCAGAGCUCCAUCAAGUUCAAGGUCAGGUGCCACCGUCACCUCUACACUCUUGUCCUCAACGAUGCCGAGAAGGCCGAGAAGCUGAAGCAGUCCCUUCCUCCCGGACUCACCAUUACCGAUGUCCCCGCCAAGAAGAAAUAA